ACCGAAGCGUGCCAAGUAUUAUAGUAGGAGGAGUUGCGCAGCGAGCGUCAUUCCGCGCCCGACCGCCGACCGUGUCGCACGCGCCAUGCUCGAUUACGCGCGCCCGUACGACCCCGCCAUGUGCGACCUGUACCUCGCACCCGCCGCGCCCCCCGCGCCCGCGCGCCUCGACGACUUCAAACAAGUCUUCAACAAGGGCCCCGCCUCCUACAUCUACGGGAACUACUACACCAACCCCCCUUACGACGUAUACGCAGAGGAAGACACUUCGACAAACGUUUACCACAAUCUCGUCAGCACCCGCGAGUACCCGCGCGACGAGUGGAAAUACAAAUUCGUCGUCGACUGGAACGAGGACGACACAAUAUCCUGGAUCAUCGACACCGCUAUCGCUAUGGGCUUCAGUGAAUACGACAUACCGUGGUACAACUUCAAAAUUCUCGGUCACGAGCUGCGAAUUAUUAAGAAGGAUGAGAUGAUGCAGAGACUCGCACAUCCGAGCGUCGAUCCAAAUGUCACAGCCAGAAUCGCCAGUGGAUUGUUUGAUAAGCUACAGAGCCGUAUAAACGAGGAAUUGCUCAGACAGUCAGUGCUAAGGUAUGCAGAGAGCGAUCCCUAUCAGCAGCAGGAGCCUGCGCAUACGAUGCUCGACUUGGAUUUGGAUCACAAGAGUCGGAUGUACACGUCGGAUUACAAGCCAAACAACAGCAGUUUGCUAGCGGCGUGCGAUUCCAGUGACGACGCGGAAGACGUAUACCGUAACUCGGAGACCGCGUCCCCUGAAUGUUCCUACGGCAGUGACGGAAGCAAGUCCGGAGACGAGGACGAUAAGAGGAAGCAGUUCAAACGGCCGCCGGGCCGGCCAAAGGGGAGUGGCAGGAAAAUCUGCAAGCGUCCAAGAAGCGUAUCAGUCCCAGAGUUCCUCAGAAACCUCCUGUUCGACCCGAAGUACUGCCCGUCGAUAAUCAAAUGGGAGGACCACGCCAACGGCAAGUUCAGGUUCGUGAAACCCGACGAAGUAGCAAAACUGUGGGGCAAGAUGAAACAGAACGACGGCAUGACCUUUGAGAAGUUCAGCCGAGCCAUGCGGUACCAUUACCGGCAAUCGGUCCUGGUGUCGGUCCCGACCGCCCGCCUGGUGUACCAGUUCGGACCUAAAGGCCCGGACUUCAAGACCGACAACCCGAACUUUAUCAAAGUGAAGUCGGAGCUGGACAGUUACGAGAUGUACUCCUAGUUUAAGUAGUUAGGGUGUAGUGACGCUAGUUUAGUGAUAGGUUAUUAUUAGGCUCGAGCGCGA